ACUAAGAGUUGAUAAAAUAGAAAUAAUUUAACUAUAUCAUACAAAUACAAACUGUUACGAUCGCCAAUGGAGUUCGUAUACUAUUCCACCGAUGGAAAAAGUAACAUAAUCAUGAUAAAAUAAUUGAAAGAGAGAGAGCCAGAGAAGGAGAAGAUUAAAAUAAGAUUCUGAUUAAUCAUUGUUAUUCCAGCUUUUGGUUCCCAGUCUCUUAUUAUCAACUUCGCUUGGGGGCCUUCAAUCUCAGUUGCAAAAAAAUGCCAUAAGUUUAGCCAAAACUAAAAAAACAGAAGAGCAAAAAAAAUGGCGAUUCCUAACCUUUUCUUCUUCUUGUAUUACAUCGGUUUCUUUCUUUUUCCUUUUGUUUCUUCUGAAACAUUUCAAGGUUAUGAACAAGAGAUCUUGUUGGCCAUCAAGUCAGACCUGUUUGAUCCUUCAAAUAAUCUCCAAGAUUGGAAGAGACCUCAGAAUGCCACAGCAUUUACUGCAUCAGUUCAUUGUCACUGGACUGGAGUUCACUGCGAUUCAUAUGGCUAUGUCGACAAGCUUCUUCUUCCCAACAUGAAUCUCAGCGGAAACGUGUCGGGUCAGAUUCAGAGCUUACCUUCUCUGCAAGUCCUUGAUCUCAGCAAUAACACAUUUGAGUCUUCUCUUCCUAAAUCUCUUUCAAAUCUCACGUCCUUGAAGGUCUUCGACGUGAGUGUGAAUAACUUCUUUGGAACCUUCCCUUAUGGUCUAGGGAUGGCCACUGGUCUUACACACUUCAAUGCCUCUAGCAAUAACUUUUCUGGCUUUCUCCCUGAAGAUCUUGGCAACGCAACUAAACUUGAGGUUUUGGACGUUCGAGGAGGUUACUUUGAGGGCUCGUUGCCUUCUUCUUUCAAGAAUCUCAAGAACCUGAAGUUUCUCGGUCUUUCCGGUAAUAACUUUGGUGGAAAGCUACCAAAGGUGAUUGGCGAGCUCUCCUCCUUGGAGACCAUCAUUCUUGGCUACAAUGGCUUCAUCGGCGAGAUUCCAGAAGAGUUUGGGAACUUGUCGCACCUUCAGUACCUCGAUUUGGCUGUUGGGAACCUUAUGGGCCAGAUUCCAUCUUCUUUGGGGAGGCUGAAACAGCUUACAACAGUUUACCUCUACCAGAACCGUCUCACAGGGAGGAUUCCUCGAGAACUCGGUGAUAUGACUUCUCUUGUGUUUCUUGAUCUGUCUGAUAACCAGAUUACAGGAGAGAUACCUAUCGAAGUAGCUGAGUUGAAGAAUCUGCAGCUUCUGAAUCUGAUGAGGAAUCAACUCACGGGAAUCAUUCCGUCAAAGAUUGCUGAAUUACCAAAUAUUGAGGUUCUGGAGCUGUGGCAGAACUCUUUAACGGGUUCCUUACCUAUGCAUCUCGGCAAGAAUUCAUCAUUGAAGUGGUUAGAUGUCUCAUCAAACAAGCUCACAGGAAAAAUCCCAUCAGGAUUGUGCUAUUCCAGAAACCUCACAAAGCUCAUUCUCUUCAACAACUCAUUCUCAGGUCAGAUUCCAGCGGAAAUCUUCUCAUGUCCGACCUUAGUUCGUGUUCGAAUCCAGAACAAUCUCAUUUCCGGAACAAUACCAACUGGUUCAGGUGACUUACCAAUGCUUCAGCAUCUAGAGCUCGCAAAACACAACCUCACCGGUAAAAUUCCAGAUGAUAUAGCCUCCUCAACAUCACUCUCGUUCAUCGACAUAUCAUAUAAUCAGCUCUCAUCCCUAUCUUCCUCCAUUUUCUCAAGUCCUAACCUUCAAACCUUUAUUGCCUCACAUAACAACUUUGCCGGAAAAAUACCUAACCAGAUUCAAGAUCGUCCAUCUUUGUCUGUCCUGGAUCUUUCCUUCAACCAUUUCUCAGGUGAAAUCCCCGAAAGGAUUGCUUCCUUUGAAAAACUUGUGAGUCUAAAUCUCAAGAGCAACCAAUUGGCGGGAGAAAUCCCCGAGGCAUUAGCCGGGAUGCACAUGUUAGCUGUUCUUGAUCUUUCAAACAACUCCUUAACGGGGAAUAUACCAGCAGACUUGGGAGCUUCUCCAACCUUGGAGAUGCUAAACGUGUCAUUCAACAAACUCACAGGACCCAUUCCUUCAAACAUGCUGUUUGCAGCCAUAAACCCAAAAGACCUCGUGGGAAACGAUGGCCUCUGCGGUGGAGUUCUACCUACUUGCUCUAAGAGUCUAGCUUUGUCAGCAAGAGGCAGGAAACCAGGAAGAAUCCACGUCAAUCACGCAAUAUUCGGGUUCAUUGUUGGAACUUCAGUGAUCGUGUCUCUGGGAAUGAUCUUCUUGGCAGGGAGAUGGGUAUACACAAGAUGGGAUCUUUACAGCAAUUUUGCGAGAGAGUAUUUGUUCUGCAAGCAGCCUCAGGAAGAGUGGCCAUGGAGACUCGUGGCUUUCCAGAGACUGUGUUUCACUGCAGGAGACAUCUUAUCACAUAUCAAAGAAUCAAACAUCAUUGGAAUGGGAGCCAUAGGGAUUGUUUACAAAGCAGAAGUCAUGAGACGACCAUUACUCACAGUAGCUGUGAAAAAACUCUGGAGAUCACCAUCACCACAGAAUGACAUCGAAGAUCAUCACCAAGAAGAAGAAGAAGAGGACGACAUACUCAGAGAAGUGAAUCUGCUUGGUGGUAUCCGACAUAGAAACAUUGUGAAGGUUCUAGGUUACAUCCACAAUGAGAAAGAAGUGAUGAUGGUGUAUGAAUACAUGCCCAAUGGAAACUUGGGAACUGCUUUGCAUUCCAAAGAUGAGAAAUUUUUACUAAGAGAUUGGCUCUCGCGAUACAACGUCGCCGUCGGAGUUGUUCAAGGUCUCAAUUACCUCCACAACGAUUGUUAUCCUCCAAUCAUUCACAGAGACAUCAAAUCUAAUAACAUACUCCUCGAUUCUAACCUUGAGGCGAGGAUAGCUGAUUUCGGAUUGGCGAAGAUGAUGCUUCACAAGAACGAGACGGUUUCUAUGGUGGCCGGAUCUUACGGGUAUAUAGCUCCGGAGUACGGAUACACACUGAAGAUAGACGAGAAGAGCGAUAUAUACAGUUUAGGCGUGGUGCUUUUGGAACUGGUGACUGGGAAAAUGCCGAUAGAUCCUUCGUUUGAGGAUUCGAUUGAUGUUGUGGAGUGGAUUCGGAGGAAGGUGAAGAAGAACGAGAGCUUGGAAGAAGUGAUUGACGCGAGCAUCGCCGGAGAGUGUAAACACGUGAUCGAAGAGAUGCUUCUGGCAUUAAGAAUCGCUCUUCUAUGCACUGCGAAGCUACCGAAGGAUAGACCGUCGAUUAGGGACGUUAUCACGAUGCUCGCGGAGGCUAAACCUCGCCGGAAAAGUGUUUGCCAUGGCGCCGGAGAUUUGCCGAUUUUUAGAAACUCGCCGGUGGUAGGACUGAUUUAGAAGACGGAGGUUGUAGGGGUAUUUUUGUUAUUUGAGCACCUGAGUUUUUUAACGUUGGACUUGAGAGAGCCCACAGAAGUAUAAAAAUCAGCCCAUACAGUGCACCGUGUAAUAUGGCCCUUGAACCGAUGAUUAAAAAUUGUAAUAAGUGCCUUGUUCAGUGGCUAAUCCAGCAAAUAUGUAUUUACCGGUGGAUAAAAACUGUAAAAUAUAUAUUUUUAACAAAAAAAAAUUAAAAUUA